GUGCUACGGGAGCUUCGGGGCGUGCCCAGCAAGGAAUGGCUCAUGGUUGAAUUUGAAUUCAGCCAACAAUUUCAAACAUUAGUUAUUAGUGUUUCUCCACCUUUGAAUCGAGGGUGUAAUUUGACGACAAAUUUUCCCGAUAGUGUUUUAAAUUAUUGUGUGUUUCGGUGUAUUUAACACUUCGUGACGUUCAAACCGCUGCUUGAGUGCUGUAAAGUUCGCCGGUGGGACGAUUCAACAUACUGUACAUUGAGUACACUUGCAAUGAAAGCCGGUGUCCACUGCCAUUGCCCAAAAUGCUACUCCGUUCCGGUUCGAAAGCGGGUCCGCCUGCGCACGCCAACCAUCACCUUGCUGAGUCUGCCCAAGGAGGUUCUUCUCUGUGUGUUCCAGUGCCUCUCCGCUGAAGACCUGCUGUCUGUGAGGGCUGUUCACUCUCAGCUGCGUGACAUUAUUGACAACCACGCCAGUGUUUGGGCCCGGGCCAGCUUCAGAGAUACUUGGCCCUCCCCUGAAAAUCUAUGGUUGUUUGAAAGAGCUGCAGAAAAAGGGAAUUUUGAAGCAGCCGUCAAGUUAGGGAUUGCUUAUUUGUACAAUGAAGGACCUCUGCUGAGCGACGAAGGCCGCGCGGAUGUGUGCGGACGGAAAGCGUCGCACUUCUUCAGCCUCGCCGAGAGCCUGCGUUCCCCCGCCGCCGAUCCCUUCAGCUGGCUGUUCAUCAGGCCGCCGUGGUCGCCCACCGGCAGCUGCUGCAAGGCUGUCGUCUUUGAGCACCUCAAGGCCGAGUGUGAUGACAACAAGGAAAAGAAGGGUCCCUUGUUGCACUGCUUGGCAAGAGUGUUACAGCUAUUUGAGGAGGAUGACAAACACUCUGAAGCCAUAUCCAUGUUGGAAGAGUCUUCGCGUUCGGGUUGUUUGCAGAGCUCCUAUCUCAUAUGGGAGCACAACCGCAAAGCUGCUAUGUCAGAUCCAGGCAGGUACCUCCAGUGUAUUCGAACCCUCAGGGACUGCGCUGCAAGAGGAUGCUGGGAAGCGCAGCUCUCCCUGGCCAAAGUGUGCAGCAGUGGCAAUCCACUGGGUUUGGAGGCUAAAGCCUGCUCAGACCUGGUGUCGCAACUUUUUAGCACCUCCCGGCAGGCAGAACAGCGCGGCAAUCACAGCAUCCUCAGACGGGGCAUUAAGGACACCAUGAGGUACAUUCUGGUGGACUGGCUGGUGGAAGUGACCACGAUGAAAGACUUUUCCAGCCUGACGUUGCACGUGACGGUCGGCUGCGUGGACCGCUACUUGGCGCUGCGCUCCGUCCCCAAAGUUCGCCUUCAGUUGCUGGGGAUCGCCUGCAUGGUGGUUUGUACGCGUUACAUCAGUAAGGAUAUUCUUACUAUAAGAGAAGCAGUGUGGCUCACUGACAACACCUAUAAGUAUGAGGACUUGGUCCGAAUGAUGGGAGAAGUUGUCUCUGUGCUGGAGGGGAAGAUUAGGAGCCCCACACUUUUGGACUACGGCGAGGUGCUGCUCUCCCUCCUCCCCCUGGAACGACGAACCACUCACCUCUUCAGUUACAUCUGCGAGCUGUCCCUGCUCUACCUUGCCCUGGCGACGAUGCCCGCAAAGAUGGCCUGCGCCGUGCUGCUGCUCACGAGAGCGCUGCAUCACUACGCUCCCAUCUGGCCUAAUCAGUUGGUAGACUACACCGGCUUCUCCAAGCAAGAUCUCACCCAGCUUGCUGUGCUGCUUUAUGUCAAGUGUUUCAGUCAAGAUGCUCCCAGAGACUACAGACACGUGUCUCUCACUGGCGUGAAGCAACGCUUCGAAGAUGACAUCUACCAGCACAUCAGCAAGGAAAAAGUGAUGGAUUAUAAGGAGCUGUGUCACAUCCUUGAGAUUCCUGAAAUGGAACCUCAGUUGGAGCCUCCCAGUCCCACUGGCCAGCCAGCGGACAUCCACGCCUUCCUUGCUUCGCCUUCCAGCGCGAGUAAAAGGAGGCGUGAUGACCGCACGCAAGCAGACAGGGGCAGCCGGGUGACCACGCCCACUGCCGAGCUGUCCAAUCAGGAGCAGAGGCUGCUGGGCGACAUCCUGGACUGGAGUCUGGACACGUCCUCCUCCGGCUACGAGGGCGACCAAGAGGAGAGCGAGGGGGAGAAAGAUGGAGACUUUUCCAUGGUGUCCAUCAAAAUGGACGCCAUCACGGACGCGAGUCGUGAAAAUUGCCGAGCGCUGUCCAGCGACGAAGACAGCUUCAACGAGGCCGAAAGAGACCAGGCCCAGCGUCCUGGAGAACGGAAUGGCCUUUUCUUUUCCAUGGAUCUUCACAGUUCAGGCUACUCGUCGGUGCAAAGUGUCAGCCCGAUGUCUUCGUCCUGCUCCUCCGCUGCCUCUUCUCUUGUCCCGUGCUCGCUCAAAACUUUUGCCACUUCUCCCAACAAGUCCACCUCGGCUGAUUCCAAGCCAGGAUUCCGCCUUUUGGUCGCCAUGCAAAGGCCUCGGGGCCACUCCAACAAGCAAGUCAAGCGGAAGAACUCUGCGGCGCACAGCGGAGGUGAAGUGGGGAGGGAAGAAGAAGAAGAAGAGGAGGAGGAAGAAAAUGAGUACUAUUCAGCCAACAUGGGCUUCCGGAUUCUAUAGACGGUGGCAGUCAGUCAGGAUAUUUGGCUUUGGGUGACAUUUUAGAAUGAGCAUCAAUGCAAUGUCAAAUUAAAUUCUCCUGUAAAGGUUAGAGGCCAUUUUAGGUUCAUUGGGAAAUGUCACCCCAACCAUUACCUUUUUGAGAGUGGUGUUUGUAAAAAUGUUUUUUAGUUGAACGCAAAAAAAAAAAAAAAAAAUCUGAUUUGGACCAAAGGCAUUAGCAUUAAAAUAUAUUAUUUGGGGUGGGAAUCGCAGAGAAAUUCAAAAUACUAUAACAACGGCAAUAAUGGAUGUAUUGGUAAAGAGGGAAAACCAAUAGAAACAAAGAGGAAGAGCUGCAAUAUCUGAAUGCGGAAAAUCACUCGCCACAAAAUCUUCUAAAACUGUCUUAUUUAGAUAUGCAGGAUUAAUAUUUGGAAAAGAUACAAAGGGGUCCACAGUUUAUGACGACGUUCCGUUGUGACGGAUGGCAACAUAACCCCAAUUCGUGCAACAAUCUAUCAAUAACUAAUGAUGUAACGAAGUCAAAAUUUCUGUAAAUAUUUGGACAGAAAAAAAAAACACUUUCAAGGCCAUAAAUAUAAAACAAAUGGAAAAACUAAGGAUGGCGGUUAAUGACAUUUCACUGUCAGGACCAUCGCAAGCAAAGGGCCCCCUUGUACUCGAUAUUAGGUGUUGGUUUUGCUGUCUAUUGGAUCCCAUUCUACAAAAAAGGUUGGACAAAACACGGUUUCAAUUACACCCCCAGGCCAUCACGACGCUAAAUGUAACCUCUUGGCAGCACUGAUUAUCACACAGUAUGUUUUGUUUUUGUUUACAGGAAGGGGAAAAAAAAACAUAACCUCCCAUAAAUUAAAACCUCUGGUUCUCUAUUAUGAAACCACCCGCUUUGCUCAGGACUUUUUUUUUUUUUUUUUUUUUUACAAUAACCUCGGAUGGCUGCAAACUGUGAGGCGACCCGAACUUACGUUUUUUGGGGUUUCGUCGUUUUUCAAAUGCACUGUCUGUACAAGCGCAUCUUGUAUUUGCUGGACCACUGAACACGCUGUGUGCCAAAGGUACUGUUAGCAUUUUAGGUUUUAAAAAACUGUGAAUCUCAACUUGUGCUCUUGAUCAUGACAGCACACUAAAAAGACACACUGCCGAGGUCUCCACAAUCAAAAUGUUAUUUAUUUUUGUCACAUUUUGUUUUCCAAGUUGCCUUUUCUACCGCAUUAGUCUGGCAUUUUGUUUUAUAUUGUUUUGUUUUGUUUUUGUUUUUAUCAUCUCAGUGACUAAUCAUUUUGAUACUAGAACUUAACAUGACUUCACAUUGCCGCGUUGUUGGGAAAAAUAGGUCAGCUAUGUUCAGGAAGUUCAUGUUGAUGCUUUGGUGCUCGACUGAAUGUUGAUUAUUAUAAUAUGAAUAAUAUCUGUAGUUGGACUGGUUCUCCUGUGUUUUCUUUAAUGUACAUACUACUUGUAUGUACAGUAUGUGAAGAACUAACGUGCCACUACUACUUGAAAAUGUUUAAUUAAAAAAAGGCAUUUCAUACAUACAUUAGAUGGCAUUUUCUACUAUAAAGUAAACAGCUGUGUUGUCCUUGAAAGUUUUUUUUUAAAUAAAUCAUCAUGGAUUCUGAUAUUUGUUCUUUGGACCUGAUGCACUAACUAAACUGCAUUGAGGAAUCAAAUCACACAUUCUAUA